GUUGGUGGAAGUGAUGCUGUGGACAAAUUCCCGUUAUCAUGAUAUCUGACUGAAAGUGCUCCGAUGCGUCCAGGUACAUGUCUUGUCCUUCUAUCGUCAGCUUAUACCUUUACCGCUACAGCGAUUCUAUAUAUUCCCACGCAAUGCUUUCUGCACACGAGUUUCCCAUCGUUUUUGUUCCAACCAGGCUGGCCCACCAUGUCGACCAACGAUGACAGUCUUAUCCAACCACGGGAACCAGACAAUGUAUGCCCCCGUCUCCAACCCUCCCAUCUACCCUUUCUCAAAAAGUGGUCAAAUCCACCCGCCCUCUACCACCACUGAUCCAUGAUGUUCCACAUCCCUCUCAGACACCCAAGACAACCAGCCAACUCACCAAAACACAGCACCCACACUCCCCAACCUCGCCUACAAAAGUAAGCUCUCCAUCCCAUGCCCUACCCCCCAAAACUACCAAAACCAUGCAAACACCACGUGCAUACGUCCUUCCAUCCCACUUCACAGAACACAUCCACUCGAACACGUCUAAUCCACACCCAGGACGACACAGCUAAACCCCACCCGCACGAUACGCAAGUGCCUUCGCCUGAGCAAGAGACCCGCUCUUCUCCGCGCACGAGUUUCGACGCCUUUGUGCCCACGGAGAAACUGAGUACGUGGGCGAGGGA